CAUAUUUAGAUAUGAAAAACCAGCUAAAAUAUUAGAAUUAAGCUAAUUAAUAUUUAAACACUUUGAAGUAGCAAAAUUAUUAAGUGUCUAUGGCACUUAUCUAUAAGUUAUUAUGUUAUAUACUUAAAACAGAUAUAGGUGGGAAAAAACAGUACCUACAUACGAUUAAUGAGUGGGUCUUAAAACGCAUUUUUAGUUUUUACACGUACCUAUCUGUUCGAAUGAGUUAUCGUGGAGAGUUAAUUAAUAGGUAGUGGAAGACGUGCAUUAUAAUUAAGAUUUUUUUACCGUUUCAAGCUAUUAAUUAAUUGGUCUAUUUAUAACUAAAUUGAUUAUUUUUUUCGUGAUAUUAGGCAAGUGAACACAAAGGAUAUUUGAAGUUCCAUUUAUUACAUAUCUCGAGCUAGAGCUGUUUAACCGGAGUCCGAUAAAUAAUUUGAGUUGAACAAUGCUUUUUUGAUUCGUCAAUAAUACUUUUUAUAUGACCAUGUUUACCGCCAAUUGGUGGAUAAAUUUCAUUACGCCAUGUACAAUAAUAGUUACGAUCGCCUAUUAUUUCUGCGUGUCGACCUUUAAGAAAUGGGAACAGCUCAACGUGCCUUACAUUAAACCAAUUCCGUUGUUUGGAAACUUAUUGAAUGUGGCUUUGGGAAAAGACCAUCCGUUGGAUUUUUACAACAAAAUCUAUCACAAGUUCGCCGCUCACAAAUAUGCAGGAGUGUUCCAGAUGAGGACGCCGUAUUUAAUGGUUCGCGAUCCAGAAAUAAUCAACGACAUGCUGAUAAAAGACUUCUCGUCUUUCCCCGAUCGUGGUAUUUACUCGGAUUUCGUGGCCGAACCAUUGACGAACAACCUGUUACUCAUGGAAAACCCUCAAUGGAAAAUAAUAAGAAACAAAUUGACCCCUGCUUUUACGGCGGGAAAGCUAAAGACAAUGUACGAUCAGAUCAAAGAGUGCGGCGACGAAUUGAUGAAAAACAUCGAUAUAGAUUUGAAUAGAACCAGCAACGAAAUAGAAGUAAAGGACAUCAUGGGAAAGUAUUCUACCGACGUCAUCGGCACUUGCGCUUUUGGGCUCAAGUUGAACGCCAUAAACGAUGACGAAUCCCCAUUUCGUAAGUAUGGCAAAUUAAUAUUCAAACCUUCACUAAGAGUCCUUAUGAGAGAAUUGUGUGUGAUGAUUACUCCUGCACUUUUGAAAGUCGUAAGACUGAAAAAAUUUCCAACGGCCGCAACAGACUUUUUUCACGCGGCGUUUAAUGAAACGAUGACUUACAGACUUGAGAAUAACAUAGUCAGAAAUGACUUCGUUCAUUAUUUAAUGCAAGCGAGAAAUGAUUUAGUUUUGAAUACAGAUUUACCUAAACAUGAAAAAUUUGCUGAAUCACAAAUCGUAGCAAAUGCUUUUGUAUUGUUUGCUGCUGGUUUUGAAACUGUGUCCUCGGCUAUAAGUUAUUGUUUAUAUGAAUUAGCAUUAAAUAAAUCUAUUCAAGACAGAGUACGCAAAGAAAUACAACUACAACUGUCCAAAAAUAACGGACAAAUUAACCAUGAACUUUUGAUUGAUCUUAAUUACUUGGAUAUGGUUAUAGCAGAAACACUCCGUAAGUAUCCUCCACUGGUUGCUUUGUUCAGAAAAGCAUCACAAACGUAUCGAGUACCCAACAGUUCAUUAAUAAUUGAAAAGGGCCAAAAAAUUAUAAUUCCAAUUUAUGCGAUUCAUUACGAUAAUAAGUAUUACUCGGACCCUGAAAAGUUUAUUCCUGAAAGAUUUUCGGCUGAAGAAAAAGCAAAACGGCCAAGUGGUGUUUAUCUUCCAUUUGGCGACGGACCUCGAAUAUGUAUAGGUAAUUUUUUUAAUGGAUAAUUUAAAUGCAAUAUA